AUGUUUGAAAGAAAGGAAUUAAAGGCAAGAGUAAAAAAAAAGGUUGAAUAAAGUGAGAAUUAAGAGAUCAUUUUUAGUAUAAAGAGAAAAUUAGGAGAUCAAUCUUAUGAUAAUAUAUGUAAAAUAAAAAUCAAUGAAUUUUAAGAUUUAUAAAAUGAUGAGGAAAUGAUGCGAUUUAUAAAUUCAAGGAAACAAUUAAAAGUAAAUUUUGAUGAUAUUAUUAAUUAAACAAAAAAUCUAUCUUUAAAUGAUGAAACUUAAAAAAUGUAAUUUAAAUAUUCAAUCUAAUAGUGUAGUCUUAGAAAAACUUUAAUCUUAAGAUACUAAUUAAUAUUUUGAAGAAACCUAAUAUAAAAGUAUUUUAAAAGAUAGAAGAGAAUAAUUUGUAGAUAAAUUUAGAAGAGAUAUAAGAGAAAAAAUGUUAUAAGAAAAUAGAAAUAAAGUAAUGAUUUCAUUAUUUAUUAUAGUUUAUAAUUGAAUUAGAAUAAGAUAAGAAUAAUCUUAAAUGUUGUGAUCAAAACUAAGAUGAUUAAUUAGAGAAAGAUUAUUAUAUUAUGAAGUAAGUUAAUAAGAAUGAAAUUAAUUAAGAAAAGAAGAGUACUUCAAUGAAAAUUGAUGCUAAAUAAAUAGAAAAAUAUUUUGAUAAUCAUUAUGUUGAUAGUGAACAUAAUUCAAGUAUUGAUAGUGAAGAUUCAUAACGUACAGAUUAAGAUGGAUAUGAUUAUCCUGAAAAUGAAAGUUCAGAUGAUUAGGAUUUAGAAGAGGAGGAAGAUUAUUAUGAUAAUAAUAGUGAUGAUUCUUAAAAAUAUAAAAAGUAUAGAAGAAAAGAUAUUUAAGAAAAUGAUGAUUAAAUUGAAAUUGAUGAAUAAUAAUAAGCAUAAGGAAUUGAAAUCAAUUAAGUUUAAGCAUUUAUGAGUUUUAUUAAAUAACAUGAAUAAAUAAAAUAAGAAAAAUAAUGUUGGAAAACAUUUGACUAUGAAAAAGAUUUUUGA